ACCGCGCCCGGGUUCAAGUACAAGUUUUUGCGAGAAGGCGGAGGCGAGAAGCCGCAGCCGUUCCAAAAGGUGUUUGUGCACUAUACCGGCUACCUCACCGAUGGCACCCGCUUCGACACGAGCUACAAGCCGUCGUACAAGGCCGACCUAAAGGGCGCAGAAGAGCCGUUUGGCUUCCGGCUCAACAAGGGCAAGGUGAUCUCUGGCUGGGAGGGCAUCGUGUCGGGCAUGACAGUUGGGCAGCGUGUGGUGGUGUACAUCCCUCCCGAAUACGCGUACGGCGAGCAAGGUGCGGGCAGCAAGAUCCCGCCAAACUCGCCGCUCGUCUUCUACAUGGAGCUGGUCAAGCUC